UUCCUAUACACCUGCCAUGGUGCCUCUAUGAGCAAUGGCAGAAACAGCACGAAGGCCUCUACAAGGCUGGCGUGGCAAGAGUCUAUCGCUGUGCUUCCGCCGCGGCGGGCGCUCAGCCUGGUGGGUCGAGGCGCCAAAUGGCCAGAGACGCAGCGCCUCUUGGCGCAACUGCGGCGCGCGAGGGAGGGCACCGCGAUCGCCUUCAGCAUCGCAAUCACCGCCUGCGAGAAAGGCGAAGCCUGGCAGCAGGCGCUGCUUUUGCUGCAAGCCCUGCGCAGCGAUGGGCUCUGCCCGGACUUGGUGCUGCUGGGGGCGCUGUGCAACGCCCGCUGGCGCCAAGCGCAGCUGCUGCUCUCAGGUGUGCAGCCUGACAUUGUCAUGCGCACCGCUGCCAUCAGCGCCUGUGAGAAGAGUACGCAAUGGCGCCAAGCUCUGCGCCUGUCGCCGCUUCCAAAGAUCACCGCGGCCAGCAGCGCCGCAGCCUCCGCGGCGGGGGCGGCCAAAGCCUGGGCCCACGCGCUGCAGUUGGCUCUCGGAGCUCCACUGGACAUAGCCUUCCACGACGCCCUGUUGAGCGCUUCUGAGAAAGCUGGGCAGUGGCAGCAAGCGCUGCACCUCUUUGCGCGGCUGCCCGUGUCACGGGCAUCGCCGGGCCUCAUCUCCUGCAACGCCUUGGUCAGCGCUUGCGGCGCCCGGGAGAGGUGGGAGUUCGCGCUGCAAGCCUUUGCGCGCUUGAGCCGCCCGAGCGUGGUGAGCUACGGUGCUGCACUCAGUGCCUUUGAGGAGGCUGGACAGUGGCAGCAGGCAGUGUGGCUUUUGACAGAUGCGAUCAGGAUCACGGUGCAGGUGAACGUCAUUUGUUUCAAUGCUGUCAUCAGCGCGUGCGAGCAAGGAGUCCAGUGGCUCAGAGCAGCUCAGCUUCUGCUUCUGCUGACGAACUUGCAACUGGAAGGUGAUGUGGUGACUCACACGGCCGUGAUUGGUGCCUGUGCUCUUGCCAGCCGCUGGAGCUUGGCGCUGGCCCACUUCGAGGAGAUGCAGAGGUGGUCCAGGCCCAACGCCCAGACCUUCGCCGCGGCGCUGCUCGCCUGCUCCUUGCCCGCGGGGCCGGAGCCCCGAGGUGCGCGCCGGGCCGCGGAGCUGCUGCCGCGGCUGAAGCGGGCGGCACUCCGAAGGAUUCGAGCGGCGAAAGCGCGGCGCGAAAGGAGCGAGGGAUUGCGUGAGGGGCAGGAGGCUCGGAUGUGCGAGAAGUGCGCCAGAUGUUGUGGAUUUCAACGCUGUCAUCAGCGCGACUUGGACGACAAGAACCUUGCGGGUCCUUGGCCGCACUCCCAGCAGCUCCUCGCGCGCCUGGGGAGCCUCCAGCAGCGGCCCAGCAUCGUCAGCUUCAACGCGGCGGCGGCGGCCUGUGGCCGAGGCAAUCACUGGAGCAGCUCAAUCCAGUGCGUGGCGGACGCAGCUGCGGGAUACCUACAGCCAGACUUGCUGACGCUGACACCCCUCAUGAAAUGCAGGGCAGGUGACCGCUGGCCCGCGGCCUUCACCGUGCUUGCGCUGGCACGGCGAUCCUUGCUCCGACUGGAUGAGGUGCUUCUCAGCGCCGCGACGGGCGCAGAGUGGCGCCGGGGCAUAUCGUGCCUGCAGAUCUUGGGCCAAAUGCCGCAGGACCUGCCGUGCCUCGCGAAGGAAAUGCCCUGGGAAGCGUCUCUGGAGCCCUUGAGCAGCCGCGCCUUGGGCGCUUCGGUGGCUGCCUGUGCCGCAGGCGCGGUGUGGGUGCAGUCCCUAUGCUUGCUCAACACCCUCCAGCUGAAGCUCCAUCUCAUUACCUGCAACGCAGCUAUGAGCUGCUGUCAGAAGGGCCUCUUGGCCUAA